GAUAUCACUUCCGAGUGCGUGCGUGUCUAUGUGGGAGGUCUGCAUGUUGCUUUGCUGGUUGAAAUACUGUAGUAUGGACAGAUAUUCAUGUGCUUGUUACGGAGCCAUCUUAUCUGCUUCUUUAUUGGCCUAAAAGUGCCGGUGUCGAAAGGCAGACUGUUUUAUUGGCCGGUUUAGAAUUGCAGUGAAGUAGGAUAUUGAAGAGGCAGAAAGCCACGAAAUGAAGGGCAAGAAGAAUCAUCCACCAGACAGGUGGACAGAAUACUUAGCUGUUGGGAAGAGAAUACCUGGCACAAGAUUUGUGGCUUUUAAAGUUCCUUUGAAGCAGACAUUUGAAAGGUACUUGGCCCCAAAUGAGCGCUUCUCAGUUUUGGAUCUUGUAGAAACACUGAAAGAAGGCAAGGAGGAUCUGGGUCUAAUCAUUGAUCUUACUUUUACAUCUCGAUAUUACAACCCUCAGAACCUGCCAGAAAAUAUUUCCUACGUGAAGAUCUAUACAGCAGGACAUGAAGUGCCUAACGAUUCUACCAUCCUUCAGUUUAAGCAAGCUGUGACUAAUUUUCUCAAAGAAAAUGCUGAAAAUGACAUGUUAAUUGGUGUUCACUGCACUCAUGGACUCAACCGAACAGGCUAUUUAAUAUGCAGGUAUCUCAUAGAUGUAGAGGACAUGAAUCCCCAGCGUGCAAUAGACCUUUUUAAUAGUUCUCGGGGCCAUUCCAUAGAAAGGCAAAAUUACAUUGAAGAUCUACAGAGUGGACCCAAGCGAAGCAAUGAGGAGAUGGACAAGUCACAAUCAGACCUGCAGCUUCUUCGGGACUUUGGUAGAACAAGGCACCCCAAUGAGAGCAGCUUUUACUCUGAUCACAGUAACCACUUCUACCGUCCCCCACACUCAAGGAACUAUAUGACUGGAAGAGAGCCUUGUAUACAAAUGGGUUCACACAGUGCUGAUUGGAGACGACGCUCACAACCCUAUACUCCAUUACCCCGCUAUAUCCCUGGAGCUGACUACACCCCAGCCCCACACUAUACAAGUUCCACUUACAACUACUACAAUGGACAGGACUAUUUCUGGCAUGGGCAAUACAGUGCCCCUGCCCCCCCAAAUCUGCACCAAACAUGGGAGUCCAAUUAUAGAAGAGAACAACAAAAUAAAUAUCAGUGGAGGUCUAAUCACCAAGACCAGAAGCAAAAAAGGACUUGAAGGACUAGACAUAACUGAAUUGUAGUAAACCGACUAAAACAUUUGGGCAGGCUUUCCAUUUAAAAAUUCUUCUGUUUGCUUAAAAAAAAUAUUUUAUAGCCUUUAUUUUACAAACUGUUUUGGAUAUUGGUUGGGGAAAAAAAUCUCCUAUCAGACAUUGGAUGCAGUACAUUUAUCGCUGGACUAAUGUAGUUAUAGUAAAUCGCUAAAAAGAUUUAAGUCUUUGAUCUUCAACAUAAUAUUUUGGAGCAUGUUUUAAUAAAGACAUUUUAAAGUGCAAAAAAUUAA